UUACAGGCUCUUGGUUGCGUGCUGGGGGAGGGCUGGGAAUCCUCCCGGGAAGCUCUGGACUCUGGCGCCCCAGGGGUUCUCCAUGUAGGCUGGCCGAGCUGGGAGACGUCAGGCGCUAAGUCGCUUGGGAUGCUGCCCGCGUGAAAGGCGCUUCUCAGCCACCCUGCCUGGCCGGAAGGAAUCGCGCUAGGGACGCUUUUCCUGCAGCAGUGAUCCGCCCCGCCGAGCUGUCCCUUGUCCUGACUGGGACUUCUUGGUUUCGCUUGGUUGGGCUCACCCCAUCCCCCACACCUCCACCCUUUCCUCUUUGCGUACCCCUGCGUGUUCAGAGAAUCGGCUGCAAGAAGCCCUCCACCCGCGAGGUGGGCGGCGGUGUCGGGUUGGCGGCGCCAGCGGGUUGUCUACGCCGCCGGGCCUACAUCUGCACCGGGCGUGCACCGCGGGAGCCACACCUGGGGCCCAGGGCCACGGCUCAGCACCGGCGCGCGGCGGGAGGGAAGGAAACCGCGGCGCUGGUGAUGGAGAGAGGGAAAGUGAAGAAGAAAGAGAAGGGAAAGGAGACGGAGAAGGAGAAAAUUAGAGAAAAGGGAAAGGAAGAGAAAAGAAAGGAGUUGGAGGAGAAAAUUAAGGAAAAAGAAAAGGAGAAGCAGGAGAGGAGUAAGAGAAAAGAGGAUAAAAAGGAAAAGAGGACAGAGCAAGAGAAGGAGACAAAGAAAGAGAAAGAACAAUUUAAGGGACAAGAAGAAGAGAACAAGGACAGCAUCGUAACAGUGACAAACACCCCGCUCGAGCCGCUGGAGAAAAACAAGCAAAUCCUAGUGCUGGGCCUGGAUGGAGCAGGAAAAACCAGUGUCCUCCACUCUCUAGCUUCAAACAGAGUCCAGCACAGUGUGGCACCCACCCAAGGUUUCAAUGCAGUUUGCAUCAACACUGAAGAUGGCCAAAUGGAGUUCCUGGAGAUUGGUGGCAGUGAACCUUUUCGUUCCUACUCGGACACGUACCUAUCCAAGGGAUUGCUGCUGAUCUUUGUGGUGGAUUCAGCAGAUCACAGACGAUUACCUGAAGCCAAGAAAUACCUUCAUCAGUUAAUUUCAGCAAACCCAGUACUUCCUCUGGUUGUAUUUGCAAACAAACAGGAUCUUGAAACAGCCUAUCACAUUACAGAUAUCCAUGAAGCGCUGGCAUUAUCUGAGGUGGGAAAUGACAGGAAGAUGUUCUUGUUUGGAACCCACGUGACUAAGAACGGCUCAGAGAUACCCUCCACCAUGCAAGAUGCCAAAGACUUGAUUGCACAGCUGGCUGCAGAUGUGCAGUGACCAGGACUCAGCCCACCGAGAGGCUCACGACUGAAAUGUCCUCAGUGUUAAAUGACAGGCUUGAAGCCAAAGGUUUCCACCUUCAAAUAAAAAUUAAGCUGUUUCCUA